GUUCUACCUUCUGCAAUGCCAGAGCUUCAAAGAAGGGUUCUCAAGGCAGAGGAGACCUUGAGGCAAAAAGAACAAGAAAAUGCCACAUUACGAGAAUAACUACAAAAGUCCGAGGCAAGGUGGUUGGAUUACGAGGCAAAGAUGAAGAAAAUGGAGGAUAUGUGGCAAAAGCAAAUGGCAUCACUUCAAACAAGUCUUACUGCUGCCAGACAGAGUCUUGCUGCCAACAGUGCUGCUGGUCAGCUAGGAAGAGUUGAUGUGGUAUCUCCUCGCUGCUAUGAUUCUGAAGAUAACGUGUCCAUGGGAUCUCGAACUACCGGUGGGAACACACCCGUCUUAUUUUCUAAUGAUAUGCCUGAUGUUGUGGGUAGAGAGAAUGGCUCUUUGAAUGCUCUGGGCAAUCUGUUAAAGGAAUUUGAGCAGAGGAAACAAACUUUUGAUGCUGAUGCUAUAUCUUUGAUUGACAUCAAAAUGCCACAGCCAGGUUCUAAUAAGAAUCCUGAAGACGAACUUCGGAGAUUAAAAAACCGGUUUGAGACCUGGAAGAAAGAUUACAAGCUGAGAUUAAAUGAAACUAAGGCAAGAAUACAUAAGCGUGGGCAUCCCGAAUCAGACAAAGUUCGAAGAAAAUGGUGGGGAAAGCUAGGUUCAAAGGCAUGAUAAAAUUCCCAGUCUGAAAUGAUCAUCUCCCUCCUUCCAUUCUUGGUACAAUUCUUUACAUUUGUGGAAACAAAUAUAUCUACAGUCCAUGAACAGUGAGGAGACAUUGUAUUUGUAUGUAUCUACCAAUUUUUGUUACCUUGGUGGAGAGAUUAUCAUAUGUGCAUUAGACAAAUAGGGGUGUCUUGUUUGAAUAGUUUGUUUUAGUUUUUUGUGUAUAAUUCUGCUUUGUUAGU